CUGCAAACACCAGACAUAUGAAAGCGGUAGGACACCAAGAAUGUAAUGCAACAUGUAACUUUUGAUAGGACGCAAGAGCAUGGACGUUUUCGUGCACCUGUUUUCCUUAAUUAUUAUCCAUUUGGCACUUGAAAUUUAUGACGUCGAUGCUGCAGUUUACAUCAGAAGGCUCUCUCCUUCCAACAGAAGAAGUUCAAGACGAAGCAAAAUUGUAAAGUGCUGCGGUUUACAAAGUUGCUUUGGAUUUUCCAGCAAAAAUGAAAAGCCUGAAAACGUCACUUCAACUUCAGACAAGUCGAAACCAACAAAAGCAACAAUAAUAGACGAUCAAGAGGCUGAAAAAACAGGGGAGAUAACGAGUUCAGAAGUUGAAGAAAUGACGCAAUCAAUAGAAGAAAUACAAUCGUCAAAUUCAGCAGAUGUUUCCGAAACGCAGGAAAGUUCAACGCCGGGACUUUUAAUUACAAAUUAUUCAACUUUGUCAACAGACAUCACUGCAAAGAGUGAAAACUUGCGGACAACUCAACCAACACUACCACCAACAACAACAGCAGUUCCUCUUAUUCAAAUGGAUCCUACGUGCGCCACCAAAAUACUGCCAAACGAGCAUACGCUCUUCAACUCCGAUGGAACUUUAAAUGAUCCUGAUGGGUACGGUUUAUGGGUUCAAUCGUGCGAACAGCAGUUUUUGCUAGGAAAAACUCUGUCGUCCUGGGAAGACAAUUUAAUGAAAUGUCGACGAUUCAGAAUGGAGCCUUUAUCUUUCAAAAGCGUGAAAAAACUCGAUUGUUUUGCAAAUUAUCUCAAAUCUGUCAAUAUUUUGAAAAACUUUUGGACAUCCGCUUUUAAAGGAAAUGCAACAAGCCAAAUUUCGUGGUGCGCGCAAAAUGGUCCCAUUACCGUGGACAAAUUGAUCGCAUUGCCACAAAUCACGGACGACAGAAAAUGUGUUCAAUUCAAAGCAAGCAAUUCCCAAUUUUCAAGCAAUUUGUGUAACGAAUUAUCAUAUUUUGCUUGCCAGAGUCCACCGACCCCGGCACCUGCUUGCUCGGAACCUCUUUGUCCCAACAUAACAUGCGCAAAAAACCUAUCACUCUUCACAAGCGACGCCAAGGGACAAUAUUUGAGCAAGCCAACAUUACAUGGCACUUGGUACACCUACAACGGAAGACAAUUUCUCUUCAGCUUUCAAAGAAUCAACAAAACAUUUCAAGGCGCGAUUCAAGCGUGUUGCCAGUUGGGGAUGAAUCUGCUCAGUCUGGAGUACGACUACAAAUAUAAAUCAGUUAUUGCCGCAACUAAAGCGACCGCUUUCCAAGAUUUUUUCUGGACGUCGGGCUCGGACGCGGGUUGCGAAGGAAAUUACGGAUUCUGCAGCGCCAAGAGACUUUUGCGGAAAGAGGCCAUUUGGGCGGAUGGACAGCCAGACAAUGCAAACAAAAGUGAACAUGCCGUGGCUGUUUUUCUCAACGGAACUCACGCUUUUCUCUACGACUUUGACGAGAACUCCAAAUUUAGAUACAUUUGCGAGGCACUUGAGAAAUAA